CAGGCUUGGUGCGCCCGAAUACGAGUCUUCGCCAACUCUGCAGGAGGCUUAGACCGCUUCGCCUCGGAUUCGAUGAACUUCCGACGCGUGCCUGCCCGAGAGCCUCAACCCCGCACUUUCUCUCGUUCUUGCAUUUGUUUCCUUUUCUUGUCUCAUCCACAAUGACACGGGGAGUGCGCGCAGCUUAGUACUUGGCCGGCUUGUCAAACAUGCCGGUGUGCCAUGCUGGCCAUCGAGUGUUCAGGUCUCUCCUGGCUGGGCUUUCUGGCUUGACUGUUGCCGCCUUCAUCCUUUUCAACAUGGACAUCAGCUCAAUCACUCUCUUCCAGGGAGCUUACUACACGCCAUCACCAAAAGACACAACAUCCUCAUCAUCCUCAGACCCUGAUACCAACGCGGACCGCACUCUAGGCAGCAAGCGCUGCCGGUAUCUCCCUGGGGCAAAUGACACCCUAGUGAUAAUACGAACAGGCGCAACCGCCCUGCGCACGCGGUUACCAGUGCAUUUCCAGACGACGCUGCAAUGCAUCCCGCACUACGUUAUUUUGUCCGACAUGGAAGAGGAAUUCCAGGGCCAUCGCAUCCACGACGUGCUCUCAGGAAUCAGUCCAGAAAUGCAAGCGUCCGCGCCGGAGUUUGCGUUCUAUCGCGAAGUGCACCGGAACCAGCAUCGGGUCUCAGAAUUCAUCGGCGAGAACACAAAUGCGGUAAAUGCCUCUGCGUUCCACAGGAAGGCGUGGGAUCUCGAUAAAUGGAAGUUUCUUCCAAGCGCCCAGAGGGCUUUCGAGGCCAGGCCUGAUGCAAAGUGGUUCGUAUUUAUUGAGGAUGACACGUUCCUUGUCUGGUCGAAUCUGCUUGGCUGGUUGGGACGCCUUGAUUGGAGGGAACCGUACUUCCUUGGACUACCCGUGACUAUGGAGGACCAGUUAUUCGCAUAUGGGGGUUCAGGAUGGGUUCUCUCUCGAGCGGCUAUACAGCGGAUAACAGAGCAUAUAGCUUUUGUGGCAGACCAUUAUGAGGAUUUUACGAAUCGAUCUGCGUAUGGGGACCUCGUUCUGGGGCAUGUUGCUGAACAGUCCGGCUUGUUACUAACGGGAGCGUGGCCUCUCAUCCAGCGGGAGAGACCUAGCACAAUGGAAUAUACCGAGGAUGUACUGUGCUAUCCCGUCGUCACCUUCCACCAUGUCGAAGCUAUUGAGGUGCAGGCAAUAUGGAAUCUCGAGCAGGAGAUGAUUGCAACUGCAACCAAACAUGAGGUACCAGCUCCACUACUGCAUUCCGAUGUUUUUAACCGCCUCAUAUACCCGCAUCUUGCUGCGAGGAUUGGUGACUGGGAUAACUUCUCUGACGGGGAGGAGAUGGUGCUCAAUGUUGAUGAGGGCUUUGAGGAAUGCAAGCGACAUUGCCAGGAAGAUCCAGAGUGCGUACAGCUCCGCGCGACAUCAAGGAAAUGUACUCUGGCUCAUGCAAUUACCCUUGGAUGGAUGUCGGAUGAGGAAAUGAACAGUACCUCAGGCUGGAUGAUGGACAGAAUCGCGGAGCUCAACGCAAAUGUUUCCUGUGGAGGUGGGAAGUGGGAUUUUGAUACAGUAAAUGGAUAGAAAGAUAUAGUACAU